UCUCAUAAUUCCUAAAUACAUUCUUCUUCUUUUAAGGUUUUCUACUGAGGAAACUAAACUCUACUUCCUCUGUCACUUGUUUCACAUUCUUCUUCUCUUGUUGUCAUUCAUGUGAUUUUUAGUGAUAAUGGGUGAAGAACACUUGACCAUUCAUCCUUCUGAUCGAGCUGUUGAACAGGCAAUAGUUGCAUUGAAGAAGGGGGCACAUCUUUUGAAGUAUGGCAGAAGAGGGAAGCCCAAAUUCUACCCUCUAAGGUUAUCCGCGGAUGAAAAGUUUUUGAUUUGGUACUCCGGUGAGAAGGAAAACCAAUUGAAGUUAAGUUCAAUCACGAAUGUCAUCCGCGGCCAAAGUACUGUAAUUCUUCAGCCUGAAAUGGAAAGUCAGUGCAUAUCACUUAUAUAUGGAAAUGGCGAGCGCACUCUUGAUCUGAUUUGCAAGGACAAAAUACAGGCUGAGACUUGGUUUGUAGGCUUGAGAACUGUAAUAUCCAGGACUCACCAUCACAGAAUGGUGGACCCUCUGAAAAGCAAAAGAGGUGCACACAGUUGCAUCAGUAGUCCAGCGAGUUAUAUGCGGAGGAAACAGAAUCUUGGACUUUCAGCAAAGAUAAUCAGACCGUCUCAGGUUCGCAGCUUAGCGGGGAGUCCCACUCAGUCAUUUUCAGAAAGGUGUUUUACUGAUGGCUUAUCAUGUUCUUCUGAAAGCUUUUUCUCGGAAUCAAGCCUAUCGAGUGUGCACAAUGUAAUGGAUAAUGUUACAGCAUGUUCGUCAUAUUUUGAACCAGAUGACUUAAGCCAGAAGAGAGCAUCUUGUGCUGGGACUGAAAUCCAAACUGAUAUGCUUGCUCCACUUUUACCAUCCAGUGAUGAGUCAAGACCAUUUGGAAAGAAUGUACUGCGGGAUGUUUUUAUCUGGGGAGAAGGAGCAGAAGGGGGGUGCUUGGGGGUUGGGGUGAAGUUGGAUGCUUUGUCACCCAAACUUCUCGAGUCCACUGUGAUGCUUGAUGUACAAACAAUAUCCAUUGGCAGGAGUCAUGCUUCCAUAGUCACCAAACAGGGUGAAGUUUUUUGCUGGGGUGAAGGAAAGAAUGGACGGCUUGGGCAUAAACAUGAUAUGGACACUGCACGACCGAAACUGGUUGACUCUCUUAACGGGGUUCGUGUAAAAUCUGUCACUUGUGGGGAAUACCAAACAUGUGCCCUGACCUUUUCUGGUGAGCUGUAUACAUGGGGUGACAACUCUUUUUGUGCUGAGUUUGUAGGUGAGAAAAAGAGGAGAAGCCAUUGGCUACCAAACAGAGUAUGUGGUUCUCUGGAUGGUGUAAAAAUCUCUUAUGUUGCUUGUGCGGAAUGGCACACAGCAAUUGUUUCGACAACUGGACAAUUGUUUACUUAUGGAGAUGGAACUUUUGGGGUUCUUGGUCAUGGAAAUCUCCAAAGUGUUGCUCAACCCAAAGAAGUUGAGUCGCUUAGAAGUUUGUGGGUCAAAUGUGUUGCAUGUGGGCCAUGGCAUACAGCUGCAGUAGUGGAAAUCAUUGUUGAUCGUCUUAAAUUCAACAAUCCAGGUGGGAAGCUGUUUACAUGGGGUGACGGAGAUAAAGGAAGGCUUGGUCAUCCUGGUGAGGAGACAAAGCUUUUACCGACCUGUGUGGCAAAACUUGUUGACCAUGAUUUCAUUCAAGUUUCCUGUGCAAGCACCCUAACCAUUGCACUAUCUAGCACAGGAAAAGUUUAUAUGAUGGGAAGUGCAGUGCAUGGGCAACUAGGCAAUCCAGAAGCCAAAGAUAAAUCAUUAGUGCUUGUGCAAGGAAAACUUAGAGAGGAGUUUAUUACAGAGAUAUCCUCGGGGUCAUAUCAUGUUGCUGUGUUAACAUCAAGGGGAAGUGUUUACACAUGGGGGAAAGGUUCAAAUGGACAGUUAGGAAUAGGUGAUACGAAAGAUAGAAGUUGGCCCACUUUAGUUGAAUCACUGAAGGGCAGGCAAGUGGAACAUAUUGCUUGUGGGUCAAGUACUACAGCAGCAAUAUGUUUGCACAAAUCUGCAUCUAGUACUGAUCAAUCAGCUUGCAAAGGAUGUAGCAUGUCUUUUGGAAUUACAAGGAAGAAGCAAAACUGUUACAAUUGUGGCCUUCUCUUCUGCCGCACAUGCUGCAGCAAGAAAACUCCAAAUGCCUCUCUGGCCCCUGACAAGAUUAAAGCUUUUCGGGUAUGCGAUCCAUGUUUUUACCUACUUCAGAGGAUUGCUCAGUCAAGCAGGUCAUCCAAGCUUGAAAAUCAUAGUCCAAGACCCUUACUGAUUACCCAAAAGGCAGUUACUCGCGAGAAAGUAGAGCGCGAAGAGGCAAAUACUACAUCAAGUCGAAUGAUGUCAACCAAAAAGUAUCUAAAUGAGAAUAAUCAAUGUUUUGACAGGAGGUCUGCCAACAGUCUAGGGGAAAGUGGGCAGUUCUCUGAUCCUGUUACAUCCUUGCUGGAUAGUUUUCCAAGAUGGGGCCAAGUUCCUUGUCCUGAAAUCUUUAGAAGAGACUACGGACAGAUGAGAACCCAAAAACCUCAUGCAAGGAAUUAUCUGGCUUCAGCUUCUCCAACUUAUUUCAUAGAACCAGAAGUUGUCCCCUCUACUGGUCUAACUAUGAAGGAAGACUUGCAAGAAUCAGACAAGAUCCUGCUCGAAGAAGUUUGCAAGCUAAGAACUCAGGUUGAAACUCUUGAAAGAUUAUGUGAAACAAGAAAGGAGAAAAUUCAAGAGAGUCAACAAAAAGUUGAAGAAGCCUGGUCAGUGGCUAAAGAGGAAGCUUCCAAGAGUAAAGCAGCAAAAGAAGUUAUAAAAGCUUUAACAUCAAGGCUUCAGGCAAUGUCAGAAAGCAUUUUUCCUGGAACAGAAGCUAAUGUUCAAGCUAUUGCAAAUGUACUGCAGACAACAUCAACAUAUUCAGAUUGCCAAAAUCAUAUAAGUGGACACCGAAUUGUUUUGCCUCUUGCAAACACACACGUUGAGGAGAGAAAUGUUGAUAGCCUAUGUGGUUCUCCAAUCGUAUUCUCUAGUUCUUUAAGAUCAUUCUAUAACAAAGAAAACAACGUGGACUCCAGAUCAGCAGAAGAAUCUUGUAAAGAAUCUGAUCACGACCAAGCUGGGCUCAGAACAUCAAAAAUUGAAUGGGUGGAACAGUAUCAGCUCGGUGUCUUCAUUACAUUGACAGUACUGCCAAGUGGAAAGAAGGGACUCAAGCGAGUCAGGUUCAGUAGGAAAAAGUUUACUGAGAAGGAAGCAAAGAAGUGGUGGGAAGAAAACCAGCUUUCUGUCUACAUAAAGUAUGAUGUUGAAGGAUAUGAAAAUGUGAACCAAGGUUUGCUGAAGAAGUAACAGUUUCCUUUUUCUUCACAAUGUAAAUUGAACUUGAUUACAAUAGUGGUUUAUGUUAGAGAAAGUAUUAUUUAAUCACUUAAUGUGCUUUAACAUGUGAGGGCAACUGCAAUUUUGUAUUGCGGAAUAUGGAAGGACUAUCAUAGAUAUAAUAAUUAUAUAUAAGGUGGUUAUUA